AUGGCUGAAGCCAGCAAACAAGCAAAAUCUACAGAAGUUUCUUCAGAAUUAAUUAUAGUUCAACAUAAAAAAAAACAAUUUGUAUUAUGGAAGGAGCUGCAUUAUAAGUUGUUUGUUACUUGGUGGUUGACUACUGAAGCUGCUCAGUUGAUUAAUGAUAAGAAGUAUGGUAACCUCAACUGGAAGGCAAAGCAACACCAUUCUGAUUUUUGA